UGUAAUGGAAAACUCACGGUUUCCAGCAAAAUGGCUAGACUGAGUAUUAUUUCAAUACUCUACCUCGUACUGAUUAAACAAACUGUUUUGUCCGGGAAAAAUGUGGUUUGCUACCUUGGAACUUGGGCGAACUACCGCACCGGGUCCGGAAAGUUCACUGUGAAUAAUAUUGAUCCUACCCUAUGCACCCAUCUAAACUAUGCCUUCUUUGGCGCCAACACCGAUGGAACGGUUGCCAUCCUGGACAGCUGGUUGGAUUUACCAUCAGGGUUGAAUUUCAUCCAGCACUUUAACAACCUGAAGAAGCAGAAUCCAGCACUAAAAACGAUAGCUGCCAUUGGCGGAUGGAACUUCGGAUCUGCAAAGUUUUCAACUAUUGCCAAAAGUGCCACUCUAAGAAGCAAGUUUGCUGUACAAGCGAGAACAUUUUGCCAAACGUACGGAUUCGAUGGGAUCGACAUAGACUGGGAAUAUCCGGCCCAGCGCGAUGGCGACGCAUCUGUUGAUAAAGCUAAUUUUGUUCUUAUGCUUAAAGAACUGAACAGUGAGUUGAAGAAAUACGGUCUACUGCUGACUGUGGCUGUAGCAGCUUCCGCUAGUUCGGCCGCUUUAUCGUACGAUAUUUCCGAGGUUUCUGAUAACAUCGAUUACAUAAAUUUGAUGGAAUACGACUUUCAUGGUUCUUACGAUGGUGUAACGGGAUUCAAUGCUCCGCUAUAUGCUGGAUCUAAUGAUAUAACAGCGACACAAAAAGAACUGAAUGUAGAGAGCAGUGUCAAAUACUGGUUGGCUCAAGGAGCACCGGCGAACAAGCUGAACCUGGGAAUGGCGUUGUACGGCAGAACUUUCACGUUAAAGGAUACAAAACAAACGACAGUGGGUGCACCGGUUUCCGGUGCUGGAACUGCGGGCCCCUACACACAAGAAGCAGGUUAUCUAGGUUACAAUGAGAUCUGUGAAAAAAUCCAAGCUGGUGGUUGGACCGUUGUUUGGGACAAUGUGCAAAUGGUGCCGUAUGCAUACAACGGUAACCAAUGGGUUGGAUAUGACAACGUCAAAAGUUUUUUGGCAAAGUGUGAUUUGGUGAAAACAUACGGUUUAGCAGGUGCUAUGCUUUGGUCAAUCGAUACGGACGAUUUUCUAGGUAAAUGUGGUUCAAAGUUCGAAUUGACUGCAGCUCUAAAGGAUUGUCUAGGGUCCACAUCAUCGAUCACUACAACCGUUGAACCUACAACUACAACUGGUAAAUUUACAACUACAAGUACAACUGUAAAACCAUCGACAACGGUAACAACUACUUCUACAACAACGAAACCUACUACAACUGUAAAAAUGUCUACAACGUCAACAACAACUUCUACAACUCCUGCAACGACUAAAUCUUCUACAACUGAAAAAUCUUCCACAACGAUAAGAACAACAAAAGCUUCUGCCACGACGACCAACACUUCUGCUUCCAGACCGUUUGUUUGCACAACAACGGGAUACUUUAGAGACCCUAUUGAUUGCACUAAAUUCUAUCACUGUGUAGGUACAAGCCGAUACGAUUUCACAUGCCCAAAUGGGUUGUACUUUUCACCGCAAAUAAUAGCUUGUGACUAUCCAGCUAAUGUGAAAUGUUCCUGAAGAGUCGUAUAGAGCUUGUUGAUUUAGUUUUUUCUUUGUCAAUAUUGAAAUAAACUGUAUACAUCAUGGCAUAAAAAAAUACAUUCAAGCAUUUUUUUAUUCCGAACUGCUCUCAAGCACUGAUAUCAAAAAGACCCGGGUUAAAUGCGCAAUGACAAAUCGCGCAAGGACCUGCAUGCAAGUCAGCUUUCAAGUUACGUAGUAAAAAUAAUAAAAAAAAUUUUUUACUUAAAAGAGAUCUCAAACACAUCAGAAAACUGGUAAAAAAUAAACAAUUUCACUUUCAUCUGGUAAUUUUAUUUAGGAAAUUCCUAGUAUCGACCAUAAACAUUCAGUAUGUAGAUCACACGUAUAUAAGGCAAAUUAUUGAAAAAUCGAAUUUCCCAAGAUCGGCCGGCCUAGCGGAAAAUUGUCAGUCAUAUUAACAUUUGCAGCAACCAGUGCAUUUGAGGGUAGUGCAGUGAAAUUUAAUUUUAAAAAUUUAGCAAUUAAGUCAGUCAUUUUACCACAGACAAACAGACGUACCACUCCAUACAAAAUUCCAAAAAA